AUGAUUUCUCAAAUCUUUUUCAUUUAUUGGUCAAUCUAUGUGAAUAUUAAUUAUAAGUUUAUUUCUGGAUUUAGAUAAGUAACUUCUUUUUUAAAAACAAUUAAUAACAGAAUACUUAUAGCCGGUUUUGAAAUUAAUUUCUCUCUUUCAUUCAAAUCAGAUUCAAUUAGUACAGAAAUAAGCAAAUGUAAUAAAUAUUCGUCAAUUAGAUAAACUAAAAUUUGUAUUAUUCAAUUAGAAAUCAUGAGGUUUUAUUGA